CCCCGCCUGCCACAGCCGCCUCAGAACCCGACCAACAUCCAGAACUUCCAGCUGCCCCCAGGGAUGGUCCUCGUGCGGAGUGAGAAUGGGCAGUUGCUAAUGAUCCCUCAGCAGGCCCUGGCCCAGAUGCAGGCUCAGGCUCACGCCCAGGCCCAGCCUCAGAGCACCAUGGCACCCCGCCCAGCAACUCCCACAAGUGCCCCUCCUGUCCAGAUCUCCACCGUACAGGCUCCUGGGGCACCUAUUAUUGCACGGCAGGUGACCCCCGCCACCAUAAUUAAGCAAGUGUCUCAGGCCCAGACGACAGUACAACCCACCACUACCCUCCAGCGCUCCCCUGGGGUGCAGCCUCAGCUUGUCCUGGGCGGUUCUGCCCAGACAGCCUCCCUUGGGACGGCCACGGCUGUUCAGACUGGGGCACCUCAGCGGACAGUCCCAGGGGCAACCACCACCACCACAGCUGCCACGGAAACUAUGGAAAACGUGAAGAAAUGUAAAAAUUUUCUGUCUACAUUAAUUAAACUAGCUUCAUCUGGUAAACAGUCUACGGAGACAGCAGCUAACGUGAAGGAGCUGGUGCAGAAUUUAUUGGAUGGAAAAAUUGAAGCAGAGGAUUUCACUAGCAGGUUAUACCGAGAACUUAAUUCUUCACCUCAACCUUACCUUGUGCCUUUCCUGAAGAGGAGCCUACCUGCCUUGAGACAGCUGACCCCCGACUCCGCAGCCUUCAUCCAGCAGAGCCAGCAGCAGCAGCCUCCCGCCUCACAGGCCACCACCACACUCACCGCCGUGGUGCUCAGCAGCUCGGUGCAGCGCACAGCCGGGAAGACGGCCGUGUCUGUGACCAGCGCCCUCCAGCCCCCCGUCAUCAGCCUCACGCAGCCCACACAGGUGAUCCAGCAGCCCCCGAAGCCGGGAGCCCUGAUCCGGCCCCCGCAGGUGACCUUGACGCAGACACCUAUGGUCGCACUGCGGCAGCCUCACAACCGGAUCAUGCUCACCGCGCCUCAGCAGAUCCAGCUGAACCAGCUGCAGCCAGUCCCUGUUGUGAAGCCCACCGUGUUACCUGGAACCAAAGCCCUUUCUACUGUCUCUGCACAAGCAGCUGCUGCGCAGAAAAACAAGCUCAAGGAACCUGGGGGAGGUUCAUUUCGGGAUGACGAUGACAUCAAUGAUGUUGCGUCAAUGGCUGGAGUAAACCUUUCAGAAGAAAGUGCGAGAAUACUGGCCACAAACUCUGAAUUGGUGGGCACCCUGACACGGUCCUGUAAAGAUGACACCUUCCUCCUCCCUGCACCUUUACAAAGAAGGAUAUUGGAAAUAGGUAAAAAGCACGGCAUAACGGAAUUACACCCAGAUGUAGUAAGUUAUGUAUCCCAUGCCACACAGCAGAGGCUACAGAAUCUUGUAGAAAAAAUAUCUGAAACGGCUCAGCAAAAAAACUUCUCCUAUAAGGAUGAUGACAGAUAUGAGCAGGCAAGUGACGUUCGGGCUCAGCUCAAAUUUUUCGAACAACUUGAUCAGAUUGAAAAGCAGAGGAAAGAUGAACAAGAGAGGGAAAUCUUGAUGCGGGCAGCAAAGUCUCGAUCCAGACAAGAAGAUCCAGAACAAUUACGGUUGAAGCAGAAGGCAAAAGAGAUGCAGCAGCAGGAACUGGCACAGAUGCGACAGCGGGACGCCAACCUCACGGCACUGGCGGCGAUCGGGCCCAGGAAAAAGAGGAAAGUGGACUGUGCAGGGCCGGGAUCGGGAGCAGAGGGCUCGGGCCCAGGCGCGGCAGUCCCAGGCAGCUCCGGCGUGGGAACCCCCAGACAGUUCACGCGACAAAGAAUCACGCGGGUCAACCUCAGGGACCUCAUAUUUUGUUUAGAAAAUGAGCGCGAGACAAGCCAUUCACUGUUGCUCUACAAAGCAUUCCUUAAGUGACACAGGAGGAGCACGGUGUUUUUGACGAGACGCCUGGGGACGUUUUUAUAUAUUUGCAGAUUAUGCCUUUUUGUAAUAAGCAAAUGGGAUAUUGUUUAAAAACAGCCACUUCUUUACAAUGGAACAGUUUUAUAUUCCCGUUUCUAAAUCAGCUCAGUGUGGAAGAAAACCUGUUUCUGUAGCAGAGAGAAUACAAAGGCCUGUGGAUACUCCUAAAGGACAACUAAACCCGAACUCAUCCUUGAUUGAGUGGCCUUCUUGCCAAACAAGCCAUAUAUAAAGACUGAUGGGAUCGCUUAGCAAAUCACUAGCUGCGCUCUGUCACCGUGUAGCAGUUUCUACCUUAUUUGUGCGUUUCGGUUCAGUUCGGCCCAACUUACUACGUAGGUGUGUGUCUGCAGCUGAUGACCUCCUUUCACUUAUUUUAUUUUUGUACUAGUCAGUUGGCAAAGCAAACUGAGUUUUAGACUAUUUAUCUCCCUCCCUCCCCUCCCCUCCCUUCCGCUCGAAAUUCUCCAGGAGCACUGGCCGGUAGCACCGCCACCUUGGAGGGUAACCGCGUUUCUGGGAGCCCAGCCGGGGCGUCUCCUGAGUGUGCUCAGCGUCUGUACAAAUGCAUUUGAUUUGCUACAGUUUGUGAAGCUGUAAAGUUAAGAGAAAUGAGAACCUUUUCAGCAUAAAUAUAUUUUACUUGCACUGUGUUUUUUAGCUAAAAGUGAAAACUUAGAUUAAAUAAAAUCAGUUGAGAAGAAUCAUCAAGAGACUGUUUCUCAGUGUGGAUCAAGUGUUGAAAAAUGGUUGGUGUAUUUUGUCAGUAAUUGUACAUAAUUUUUGGCACAUAACAUAAAAAUGGCUAUGUAAACUAUAAUUAUUUUGCUAAGAGACUGUAUGCAAGCUGUGGGCCAACUUUACAGACGUCCAGAGCAAAGCCCCUUCUUUGUACCUAUUUUUUUAUUACAAAUAUACUAAUUGGUUCUUUAUAUUUUCAGAGGUUAUUGUAUUAAAUUGUCUAUUGAUAGUACUUUUAUGACUGUAAAUACUUUGGCUUUCUCCGUGUGAAUUCUCACGUAAGACUUUAAUUCGCGCGUGUGAACUGAACGCUGAUCAGUAUUUUUAUCAACACCUGAGAACUGUUACACCUUUUAUUUUAUCUUUUAGAAAAUCCCCCGUCUUUCCAUUUUUUCAUGUAAAUU